CUGAAAACGCGUAGCACCCUCUUGGCCUCUCCUCUCUCAGUCUCACUCAGCCACUCUCCUCCUUCCUCUCAUCGAGCUCCUCCCUCACUCCCUCACUCCCUCACUUCCCUCUCUCUGGCCUCUGAAGUCUGAACGAACACACUGAAGAACGCAGAAAAGAGAACUCAAACGCAGCUUGGAGGAAGCACCGAAGCAGCCCUCCAUCUGGUCGCCGUUCAUCAACGUCCAGCCACCGCCGCCGUCCGCAUUGCUAUAGCUUAGGCGCAACGUCGCCGUUGUUCGCCGCGCGUCCACCUCCUUUUUGGUCAAGCUUCUGCCUCUGUUUUUUGGCCGAGCCUUGUUCUGCCCUUUUUGGCCAACCCUUGUUCUGCCCUUGUUUGAGUUGCUUAGCCUUCUGUUCAGUCUAUGUUCCGCCGCCUUUCAGCCAACGUUCCGCCGUUGUUCCGCCAUCUCCGUCGCGCAAUCACUGUCUGUCGGCGCCAGCUCUGUUCCACUGCAGCCACUGCCUGUUCAAAGGCUGUUCGAAGCCCAUUCGUAGGUGAACCUUGUCGUGGUGUCUCCCUCCUGCGUGCUCUGUUCAAAGCUUCUAGAAGCUAAACCGCCUGCGUUUUAAGGUAAAAGUGUAAAACGCUCUUCUUCAUUCUUCAAGCAUACACUAGCACUAUCUUCGAUGUUCACUCCUCAAAACAGUGAGUUCGUGCUUCCUCCAAGAUAAGGAAGCUCAUAAAGGAUUCACGUUUAUGUGCUUAUUGAUUGGCGUUAAUAAAGUUAGGAACUGAGAAAGACAAGAUUUUGUUGUUGUUGGGUUGCAUGCUCAAAACCUGGUUGUGUUUUGGUUUGAUUUUCUUUUUGUUUGGAUGACAAGGUGAAAAAGUAUGGAAGGGUUAUUGAAUUCUAUGUUUCACCAAAGUUGUUUGAAACCCUUUGGUUUCACUCCAAGGCUUGGUUGUGGUUGCACUUACCCGGUGAUCACAAGAACCGGGUAUUUGAAUAGGAAACUUAAGCCGUUUAUCUUGAGAAGUGAUUGCACUAGGUUAGGUAGAGACACCGGUACUGGCUCCAGGGGAGCUAGCAUUGCUGCAGUGAAGGAUAAUGAUGAUAGAGGAAAGGAAUCUGAUGUGGAUUGGGAAUCGGAGUUCAUCGGGGAACUUGAUCCGUUUGGUUACCGGGCUCCCAAGAAGAGGGUGAAAGAGCAGAAGUCUAAGCUGCUUGAAGACACUGAUGGAAUGGAUUGGUGUGUGAGGGCAAGGAAGAUGGCAGUUAGGUCGAUUGAAGCAAGGGGCAUGGCUCAAAUGAUGGAGGAUUUGGUUACCUCCAAGAAGAAAAAGGCUAAGAAGAAAGUUGAAACCAAGAAGAAGAUUGUUGAGAAAUUUGAGCAUAUAGAUGAUCUUGAUGUUGAUUAUACCUCCGAGGAAGACUUCAUGCUGCUGGAGAAUCCAGAAACAAUCGAUGAUGUUGGUGUUUUGAAAAGGAAGGUGAGUUCGCUGGCCGAUGGAAUGUUUUUAGAGAGGAAGGAGAAAAGCAUGGAAGAGUUUGUAAAUAAGCUAUCCCAAUUCUCUGGGCCUUCUGAUCAUCGGAAAGAAAUCAAUUUGAAUAAAGCAAUUGUAGAAGCACAGACUGCAGAGGAUGUAUUGGAUGUUACUGCUGAGACAAUUUUUGCAGUUGCAAAAGGUCUAAGCCCCUCGCCUCUUUCCCCUUUGAACAUUGCUACUGCCCUUCAUCGCAUCGCUAAGAAUAUGGAGAAAGUUUCUAUGAUCACAACUCGCAGGCUGGCUUUCGCUCGACAAAAAGAGAUGUCUAUGCUUGUGGGGAUUGCAAUGACAGCCUUACCUGAAUGCUCUGCACAAGGAAUCUCUAAUAUAUCUUGGGCAUUAUCCAAAAUUGGAGGCGAACUGCUAUAUUUUUCAGAGAUGGAUAGGAUUGCGGAGGUCGCAAUGACCAAGGUUGGGGAAUUCAACUCUCAAAAUGUUGCUAAUAUCGCAGGUGCUUUUGCCUCAAUGCAACACUCUGCUCCUGAACUUUUUUCAGAGUUGUCAAAAAGGGCUUCUGACAUAAUUCACACCUUCCAAGAGCAAGAACUAGCACAGCUUUUGUGGGCUUUUGCGUCUCUAUAUGAGCCUGCUGACAUUGUAUUUGAUUCUUUAGACAGUGUCUUUGCUGAUCAUUGCCAACUGAAAGCUCGCAAUGGUGAAAACACACCAAAUAAUUAUGGUCAGAUCAGUGUCAAUAGAAGUGGUGCCUCAAAUGGAUCUCUUGAUUUUCCUACACUCACUUUAAGUAGGGAUCAGCUUGGAACUAUAGCUUGGUCCUAUGCUGUCUUCGGACAAUUGGAUAGGAGUUUCUUCUCGCAUAUCUGGAAAACCCUAAGCCACUAUGAGGAGCAAAGGAUUUCAGAGCUAUAUAGAGAGGAUAUCAUGUUCGCUUCUCAAGUUCAUCUUGUAAACCAGUGCUUGAAGCUUGAAUUCCCCCAUCUUCAGUUAUCAUUAUGCCAUGAGCUUGACGAAAAAGUUGCUCUUGCUUGUAAAACUAAAAGGUUUAAUCAGAAGAUAACAUCAUUGUUUCAGAAAGAUGUUGGGCGUCUUCUUGUUAAUACUGGCCUUAAUUGGGUCAAAGAAUAUGUUGUGGACGGGUACACAUUGGAUGCUGUGAUAAUUGAUAAGAAACUAGCUUUGGAAAUUGACGGUCCAACUCAUUUCUCUAGAAAUAUUGGUGUGCCUUUGGGACAUACCAUGCUAAAACGUCGAUACAUUACUGCUGCUGGGUGGAAAGUUGUAUCAUUAUGCUAUCAAGAGUGGGAGGAACUUGAAGGAUCAUCCCAACAAUUGGAGUACCUUAGAAGCAUUCUCAAAGAUCACUUAAACGAUGGAAAUGCCAACACUACAUUGACUGAGAGUGUGGAUCUAAUUCAAGCGGGGUCAACAUCUCAUCAAAUGGUGGAUAUGGUGUCGAAAUCAAGAGACUAUUCAACACCCUAUCUUACACACGUAUGAUCAUGUAUGGAGUGACAUUAUCAAAACAAAAAUGCUAUUUGUACACCAAAAUCAGCGCCUAAAAUCGGUCACCAAUGUAUUUACGUAUAAAUACAUAUGUUAUUUAAUUUAUUUUCAAUAUGUAUUUUAUACUGGUGGCUAACUUUGGUAGCUGAUUUUGGUAUACACGUAGCAUAGUCCUUAUAAAAAAUGAGUGAUAGUAUCAUUUCCCUCGUAUGUAUACAUACGAAUUUCCUAACCAAAUUGAGCCUAACCAAAUUGAGCCUACAUGGGGAGGAUCGAGUACUGUCAACAAUGAGUUAACUUAUGUAUCUUGAUGGAGAUUAUCUAAUAAGAAGAUGAUGUAGGUAAUUAGUUAUAUACUUCUAUUAAUUCUUUCCUUUGAUAAAUUG